GGCGAUGUGGCCAAGGAGUUUUACUGGAAGAGCCAGCACGCGGGGCCCUUCCUGCGGUACAACUUCGACGUGACCAAGGGGAAGAUCUUCGUCGAGUGGAUGAAAGGGGCGACCACCAACAUCUGCUACAACCUCCUGGACAGAAACGUCAACGAGAAGAAGCUGGGGGACAAAAUUGCUUUUUACUGGGAGGGGAACGAACCUGGAGAUUCUGCGAAAAUCACCUACAGUGAGUUGCUGCACAAAGUCUGCCAGUUCGCCAAUGUCCUCCGCAGCCAGGGUGUGAAAAAAGGAGACCGGAUUUCCAUCUACAUGCCGAUGAUCCUGGAGCUGGUUGUAGCCAUGCUCGCCUGCGCCAGGAUUGGAGCUCUGCACUCCGUUGUGUUUGCAGGUUUCUCGUCAGACUCUCUCUGUGAGCGGAUUCUCGACUGUGGGUGUUCUCUCCUCAUCACGGCAGAUGCCUUUUAUCGAGGGGACAAGCUGAUCAUCUUGAAGCCAAUUGCAGAUGAAGCCCUCCAGAAAUGUAGAGACAAGGGCUCCCCUGUGAGAAAGUGCAUCGUGGUGAAGCACCUGGGGAGGGAAGAGGUAGCGGUGGAUGGGACAUGCAGCAAGUCUCCCCCCCUCAAAAGGCUCUGCCAGGACGUACAGGAAAAAAAGACUGAGAGCUCACAGAGACUCCAUCCCAAGACGCCCUGGAACCCAGCCAUGGACAUGUGGUGGCACGAGCUGAUGAGCAGUGCCAGCACGGAGUGCGAGCCCGAGUGGUGCGACUCGGAGGACGAACUCUUCAUCCUCUACACAAGCGGCUCAACCGGGAAACCCAAGGGCGUGCUGCAUACGGUGGGUGGAUACAUGCUUUUUGCUGCCACCUCGUUUAAAUACGUGUUUGAUUACCAACCUGAGGAUGUCUACUGGUGCACGGCCGACAUUGGAUGGAUAACGGGCCAUUCCUACCUCACCUACGGACCCUUGGCAAAUGGGGCAACUAGUGUGUUAUUUGAAGGUGUCCCCACCUACCCGGACGUCGGGCGAAUGUGGAGCAUUGUUGACAAGUACAAGGUGACCAAGCUCUACACAGCACCCACAGCCAUCCGGCUGCUGAUGAAGCACGGGGAGGAGCCUGUCAAAAAGCACAGCAGGAGGUCUCUGAAGGUGCUGGGGACCGUCGGUGAGCCCAUCAACCCUGAAGCCUGGCUGUGGUACUACCGUGUGGUUGGAGAAGAGAGGUGUCCUAUUGUGGACACGUUCUGGCAGACAGAGACAGGUGGCCACAUGCUGACACCCCUCCCUGCUGCCACCCCCAUGAAGCCAGGCUCUGCCACGUUCCCCUUCUUCGGUGUGGUCCCUGCCAUCUUGAACGAGUCGGGGGAAGAGCUGGAAGGAGAAGCAGAAGGCUACCUGGUAUUUAAGCAGCCCUGGCCAGGAAUAAUGCGCACGCUGUAUGGAAACCACCAGCAAUUUGAAACCACAUACUUCAAGAAGUUCCCUGGGUACUACGUGACAGGCGACGGUUGCCGGAGAGAUAAAGAUGGUUAUUACUGGAUCACAGGGCGCAUUGAUGACAUGUUGAAUGUUUCUGGCCACCUGCUGAGCACCGCAGAGGUGGAGUCAGCCUUGCUUGAGCACGCUGCCAUCUCGGAGGCCGCGGUGGUCAGCCACCCGCACCCUGUGAAAGGCGAGUGCCUCUACUGCUUUGUGACCGUGAAAGAUGGCCACGAGUGCACCAAGAACCUGACGGAUGAGCUGAAAAAACAAGUCAGAGAAAAAAUUGGACCGAUAGCGACACCUGAUUACAUCCAGUAUGCCCCAAGCCUGCCCAAAACCCGCUCAGGAAAGAUUACCAGACGGAUAUUAAGGAAGAUUGCCAAAAAUGACCAAGAUCUGGGGGACAUCUCCACCUUGGCAAACCCGGGCGUCAUAAAACAUCUUUUCAACAGCAGAUGUGACACUAGACAGUAG